AUGAAGAAGAAGAAGCAAAAGCAAACACCUGCGGCGGCCGCCGCCGCCGCCACCGCCGCCACCGUCGAUUUUGACCUCAAAUCUGCCAUCCACCAGUACAGCGAAUUCUUCGACCACUUGAUUGAACUGAUUCCCGCCAGAUUCUACCUUCCGAGCGACGAUGCCGAUUCGAAGCCAUGGUACCAGGGCCUAUCCAAAGCCGCCAAGGCCUCAUUGAAGCAGCAAUCGAAACAGAACCUCAAGCUCGCCCGCCGCCACCGCUUUGACCCCGACGGCGAGCCCUCCUCCACCCUCCACCUCCUCCAGCAGCAACAGAACAGCAAAGGUCUGGCCGGCGUAGAUGGCGACGGUCUGGAGGAGGACGAGUCCCGACCUAGUCCGAUUGAUAUCGAGGAUGAUAAGGCGAAGUCUGUAACCUACGAGGAGCUCCGAGCUAAACUGCGACGAAAAAUCGAGCUCCUGAGGGGAAACAGGGGCGAGGGGAAAGUUCAGGAGAAUGUGUCGAAAAAUGAUGGGUUGAAGAGGAAAAGGGAUGAGGAAAAUGACGGUGGAAGUGGUGAAAAGGGAGAUAUUUCGGAUGAGGUCGAUGAUGGUGAGGAGAUUAUCGAGUAUGGAAAGGUGAGAUUAGGAGAUGAGGAUGAGGGGAAGCGUGCAAAGAAAAAGAAGAAGAAACUGCCGAAGGCCAAGGAACUUGAAUUGGUCAAGAAAAAGCAGGAGGCGAAGAAGGAGAAUCCGACUGUGGCCGAGCGUGAGUCGUGGAAGGCUGCCGCCAGCCGGGCCAUGGGCGUAAAGGUCCAUGACGAUGCGCGGUUAAUCAAGGAGAGCAUGAAGAGGGAGAAGAGGAAGAGGGAGAAGAAUGCUGAGAAAUGGAAGGAGAGAGUCGAGACCCAGACGAAGAUGAAGGAUGAGAGGCAGAGGAAGAGGAAGGAAAACAUCCAGGGGAGGAUCAAUGAGAAGAAGAUGCGGAGGAUUGCCAAGCGCGAGAAGAAGCUGAUGAGGCCCGGGUUUGAGGGCCGGAAGGAGGGAUACAUUACUAAGGAAUUACCGGCAAAUCAUCCUUGGCUGCAGUCGACAUUCUACAUAUUCAUGGAAGUCACUUGGAUGGGACCUCGUGAGACUCGCAUGGAGGAACCUCAUGAGACUCGCAUGAACACUAGAGAGCCGAACAUAGCCAAGGACAAUUUGCCGAUGUGCCCUUAUUUCCUUGAAUUUUUGGGCUUUGAAAGAGAUUACCGGCAAAUCAUCCUUGGCUGCGAUCCACUCUCUACGUAUUCAUGUAAGUCUCUUGGAUGGAAAUACAUGCCGUGUUGA